CCCCGUAAUGCCCAAGUCGGCAGCGUAGCCUCUGUUCACACUUUGGACAAGAUUGGCAAACGUGAAAUCGUAGGCUAUGGCUGGAACGGUACUGCCUGUUAUGCUGAUCGUGUCGAUUAUCCCAUGCCUGCCAUUCGUUUCCGUGAGGCCACCAAUGAAAUUAAUGCUUUGCGCGAAAAGGAGAAGCAAGAUUGGAAGAAAUUGAGCAAUGAGGAAAAGAAAGCCUUAUACCGUGCCAGUUUCUGUCAAACUUUUGCUGAAAUGAAGGCCGGUACCGGUGAAUGGAAAAUGCAUUUGGGUAUGGGUUUGAUUUUCACCACCUUGGCUCUCUGGGUUGCCAUUUUCAUGAACACCUAUGUCUACGAUGAAAUGCCCGUUACCUUCGAUGAAGAACACCAAAAGGCUCAAUUGAAACGUAUGUUGGAUUUGGAAAUGAACCCUGUCACUGGUAUCUCUUCCAAAUGGGACUACGAAAACAAGAGAUGGAAGUAAAUUAUUGCAAAUUGUUUUCAUCAAUUGCUAGCCAAUGGCUAAACAAUAUGUGUAUUGUGUACUUUAUAUAAAACAAAAAAUAAUUUAAGUAACCAAAACCAACCAAAAACAACAAAAUCUGUUUUUCUUUCCCCUCUAGCAGCUAUUUCCUUAUAUGAUUUAAGAGCAAAGCUUUAAAAUACUUAGAACAAUUUAUGGUAUAAUGAUCAAACUAAUACAUGAUAGAAGAAAAACAAAGGCAAAUAGAAAACUAAAACAAAAGAAA